GAUCUUUCUUUGCCAAGUCGCUGUUCGCCACAAGUGAGCAGGAUGAAGAGGAUGACGAGAAGUUGUCGUUUCAGAAGAAUGACCUGCUGAUGGUCAGAGACAAGAAGGAGGACAGCUUGUGGGAGGGAACCAUGGUCUCCACUGGGAACCACGGCCUGGUUCCAGUCAGUGCCAUGCAGCCGUUGCCCUACCCCUUUUAUCAGUGGUUCCUGAGGAAGUAUCCAGGCCAUGCUGGAUGCUCACCAACAGAAACUGAGCACUUUGAAGAUUCCAUUGUGAUAGGUUCGUGUGUAGCAGUGGCUGACUACAGUCCAGCAACGCCGGACGAGCUCCAGCUGAACCAGGGUGACGUUGUGGAGAUCCAGGGUCUGCUGCUCCGAGGCGUGGAGGUUUUCAUCGGGAAACACACCUCCACAGAACACACCGGCUUUGUGCACAGAGCUCACGUCAAGCCUCUGAAUGCAACGCCCCUAGACAAACACUUGGUUUUUCUCACAGAGGAGGAGAAGGCCAGCCUGGCUCAGGUUAACCCAUGUGCCUCAGAUCCCAGUGACAGCAGCCUUCUAGAAAGACUCUUCUCUUCUGACAUCAGCUCGGUUUACAGGCUAGAUAGACUGGAUGAGACGGACUUCAUGUACAUCCGCAGUCGACCCAAACAUGAUCAUAAAGUUCUUUCGAGCGCCCGCCAGAGCCUCAUGUCUGAACGGAGCGAAGGGACAACCAUCUACCAGUCUUCCCCUUACCCGUCAAUCUCCUCUCCACGCCUUUCCUUCUACCAUGCCCACAACUCUCUGCCACGAGAGGGGGAGCACUUACGUUUUACUCUGGGAGACACGUUCAGAGAGCUGGAUGAGUUCCAGGAGGAUCCACCUCUUUUCCCUGAAGAGGGCAGCUGGGACGGGGAGGACUCGGAGCCCAACGCCCCCACGCUGACUCUCCUCAACCAGGAACGCUUCCAGGAGGAUUUCCUGCCCCUGUAUGACCUCCAGUGUUCCUUCCUGUGGGUCACUUUUCGGGAUAAGACGGAGGACGAGCUGCCGGGUCAUCUUGAGAGUGUCAGGGAGUAUGCCAAGAGAACAGGCAUGCACUGGGCCCAUCGGCGGGCAUGUUUUGUCCUGGGUCGCCUGUGUGCCAGGAAGCUGAAGUUCUCCCAGGCACGCGUGUACUACGAGGAAGCUCUGAGUGUUCGAGUCAACGGUUUUGCUGACGUUCCGCUCCUCGUGGCUCUCUUCACCAACCUCACUGCCAUCUACCUGAAACAGCGCAUGAAUGACAAACUGCCCCAGAGUCUGGAGAAGGCCAGUGCCCUGAUCCUCUGCCUUCCCUGCCACACCUUCAUGUCCAGUGAUGAGGCAGAACUUCUGAAGCUGCUCUUGAGGAGAUCAGUCAUCUUGGGAGACAAGCACUUGGAGGCUCGAGCCUGCUAUCUCAUCUCCAGCCUCUUUCUGCUUCUGAGGAAAACGGAUGACGCCCUUCCUUUCGUUGAGCGGCUUCAGUUCCUGUCAGCAACGCUGUCGACCACUGAGGGAGGACCUAUAGCGCCGUUGGACCUCAACUGGCUCUUGAGCUGGCUCUACCAUCGUAAAUACAUGCCUUACUUAGCGUUAGCCUCUCUUAGUCUGGACUCAAGACAAGACCAUUCACUCGAGGAGGGCUUUCUGAGGAUCGAGCUUUUCAUCAGGAACUCUGUUCGCCAGAAUCCGUGUUGGAAGGACGAAACUUCCCUCCUUCCUGCUCAGAUAGUGGUUUACAUGCAGCAGGCCCUGGCUAUUGCCGAGCAGGGGGCUGACCUAAAGACACAGAGGGACCUGUGCUUGGGCCUGGCCUCCGUCUACCAGCAGUAUGGUGCACUUGAUAAAGCAGUGUGCUGUGCUCAGCAAGCUGUGGAGACGGGAAUCCACCUGAAUGAGGAGGAUGGCUUUGAGGCGUCUGUGCUGCUCGGGUGGCUGCUGGUGCUGACGGAUCAGGCUGAGAGGGCCCAGAGUAUUCUUCAGCCUCUGCUCACAUCGCUGCAGAGCACCGACAGUCCCACUCAGCAGGGAGUGAUCCAUAACCUUUUGGCUUUGUCUUUGAGGCAUCAGCGUCGCAUUCGAGAGGCAGGCUGGCACCUGCACUCUGCUCUGGACAUCUCCAGAGGAAGUGGAAACCAAAGGAAUCAGGCCUUAGCUCUGGCCAACCUGGGCUGUUUGGCUCUGGACGUGGGGGCGUCUCUGGUUGCAGAGCGUUUCCUGGUCAGAUCCUUGUGCCUUUUUCUGGACCUUCAGGAGAGCCCGACCGAUGAGGAGCAUGUUCAGACCUACCUUUGGCUUGGACGGAGCUACAAGGACAGAGGGAAGAGUCAGGACAUCAGGGCGUGCUACGAAAUGGGGCUUUUAAUUGCACUGCAUGCAAAAAACCUGCACAGUCAGCUCGUGGUGGCGAAGCUUCUGAGUCGGCUGUAUGCCGACAUGCUGCUGUACGCUCAGAGCAUCGUUUACUACGAACACUGCGUGUCAGUGUCCAGAGAGCUAAAGGACAAGAAGCUGGAGGGGGAGUGUCUGGAAAAACUCAGCAGCUUCUACCUGUCACUCAACACAGAGAAAUCAUCUCGUAAGUCUCUGGACUACACCAAGCAGAGCCUGAGGAUUUCUAUUGAUUUGGGCAAGAGAGAGGAAGAGUCGGAGACGUGGCUCCAGGUGGGACGCAUCUACUACCUCAUCCAGGAGGACGAGCUGGCCGACAUGUACCUGCAGGCAGCGGUGAAGACAGCCCAGAGGAUGAAUGACCCUCGCUUUGCUUUGAGCAUUUAUGAGGAGGCGGGUGAUGUUUACUUCAAAGGUCAGAGGAACCGGAUGGCUGCGGCGCAUUUCUACAGGGAUGGAAGUCUGGCCUUUGCUCGAAGCAUCAAAGACACCCACUCAGAGUUCCGUGUGCUGAGUAAAAUGACAGAGCUGCUGAUGAGCCAAGGGGAGCAGGAGGAGGCGCUGCAGUACGCAAAGCUAGCUGUUGAGAUUGCCGGCCAAACAGGAGUGUGUGGAAACGAGCGGGCCGCUUACCAUCGUCUGGCUACAGUUUACUACAGCCAGCAGCAGCAUGAGAUGGCAGAAAACUACUAUGUGAAGUCCCUGUCUCUGGGUCCGCCUGUCCUGCAACACCCCAUGGAGGCCCGCUACUAUGCUAAGGUCUACAGCAGGCUGGGAAAUCUCACUCUGCAUGAGCUCAAGGAUGCUCAUGAUGCAGUGGGCUACUUCCAGCUGGCUCUGGCUGCUGCUCUCGAAGACCACUCUGACCCCAAAACUCUGUACAUAGUGUACAUGAAGCUGGCGGAGAUCCAUGGCAACCACAUGCCAAAUGAUCAGCUGUGCCAAGUUUACAGAGACAAAGCUCAGAGUUUGAUACGAGUUCUGGCUGACAUGGACAGCUCAGGUGCUGAUCCGCAGGUGCUGAACGCUGCAGACAGAAGAAGUAACCAAAACAGGGAAACAUGGCUGGAUGCUCAUAUGGGAAAUACGGAGAGGUGUGGAGUUACACCAGCUCCAGGGCCUCAUAUGACCCACACAACUCCUGAAGACUACAGUCUGAAGGGUCACUGUCCAGCGGAGUCAGACUGCCCUCACGUAGACGUUUCCGGCUCUGAGACGGACACCGUCGUGAGCCAGUCGCUUAGCGAGAGUAAUCUGUCUGGCUCCUUCGACACAGCUAAAGAGCACAUCUCAGACUCCAGCAGUACCACUGACACCUACCAGAAUCCCACAGAUGGGAAGGACUCAGAGUUUGACUCGGACCUGAGCAUGCCUAGUCAGAUAUGCACCAAUCACACGGGCGACAUCACAGAAGCCAUGGGUAACAGGGACACCGAUCCUGAUGUUCAGGAUGAAGAAAGCACGCCCACUAGAGAGAGCGUGACAGAGUCCGGUGGGCAGAAGCAGGCAGAGAGCAGGAACAGUGACACGUCUGUUAGUGAGGACAGUGAAGAGAAGGAAGUUUAUCUUUGACACAGCGGUGUCCGCUCCUGGUUCUGGACUCGUGACCUCAGCAUUACAACCUUCCAAUCAGAUGUCAGAUGUUCUGUUAUGUCAGUCGUGUAAAUCAGAGCGUUUCAGUCAAGUGAAAGUGACCUUUUAUCUAAUAUAUGUCCUUUUAACGUGUUUUGAUAAUGCUUGUGCCACUGUUGGGACGCAGCAAACAUUAAAGUGAGGCUAUUUCGGCGUGUGGAUUUCAUAAUUUUGUAGUAAAAGGUGAGAAGACAGGAUCACAGAAGCAUCAGAAAACAGACAUUAGAUACCAGCUCAGAUGAUCUGCGUGUAAACGUGUCACAUCGCACAGAGAGGCUACAAACUAAGACUUAACCACUAAAGCUUUCAGCUUUCUGCAUGCUAUUGCAAGUCUAUGAUAAAAUCAUGUUAUUGAUUUUCAACUGGAAGUCAUAUUGAUCAUGGUGGCUGUCCUUAAGUCCUCUGGGUUUUUGUGAAAAUAAUAGAAGAAAUUAACCAUGAAUUAUAGAAUAAAGUUAAAAGUAAAUAAAAGUCUUACAUUUUACACACAAAUGAAUCCCAAA